AUCCAGAGUCCAAAUAUUCAGACUCCCCUCUGACUGAUACCCAAUCCAAUCGUCCCAGACCGUCUCUGUUUCUCACCUCAUGGCCAGAUCUGCGGCGCUGCUGCUGCUGCUGCUCGCUCUUCUCCUGGUCUGCUCGGGGGCCGCGUCGGCAGCCGCCGCGGCGGGCAGAAUCAAGAGCAAGGCUGCUGCUCGGUCAGCGAGGGCGGAGGCGGAGGCGGGGUGCCGGGAUCUGGCGACGCGCGGCAAGUGCGGGGCGAGCGGCGGCGGGGGCAGGUGCCGGUGGUGCCGCAGCGAGGCGCUCGACGACAUGUGCUUCGGCGCAGCGGAGGCGUGGCGGCUCCCGAAGCAGGUCUUCUCCUGCGACCAGCCCGCCGGCGCCGCGCACGCCAGGAGAUAGCGUCGACGCCGAUGCCUUCCCCGGGAUGGGAGGGAUCGUUGUACUAUUCUACUCGCUGGUUGUGAGAUUUACCGAGUGUUCGCGCAUUGUACUGUCGUGUUACUCAUCAACUCAUGUAUACGUAAUUGGUUUUAUCGAAACGAGGCUGAUCGCGGCCGAAUUUAUUAGCUUA